AUGAAAAUUGACACGUUUUUUGUUCGCGAUGAUGGAAAUUUCUUUCCUAAUAACAAUCAACUACCUGUCAUUGUUUAUCGGCAAGUAUUUGACUCUAGAUCAGUCUCAGCUUCGAACUGGGAACAACUGUUCAAACGGAAUAAUUUCGGUCAAUCAUGGCGGGACGGAAUAUUCACUUUUCAUCACUACCAUUCGACUGCGCAUGAAGCAUUGGGAUGCUACGCUGGUCAUGCGCAAGUACGAUUAGGUGGAGAUGAUGAACAAGUGCGAAAAGAUGUCGAGUUGAAUGCUGGUGACUGCAUUUUGAUUCCUACCGGUGUAGCGCAUAAAAAUAUUGGACAAGAUUCCGCGUUCGCUGUAGUCGGAGCGUAUGACUUAGAUGGACGAAGUUACGAUAUGAACUAUGGGAAAGAUGCAGAAGAAAGACGGAAAGCUGAAGACAACAUGAAAAAGGUCGAAGUUCCACGAAUGGAUCCAGUCGUAGGUGAAAGUGGUGGUCUAAUUCAAUAUUGGAAGAAGAACACUCCUCAUCAAGAAACAUAA